AGGGGUUGUAGAGUUUGGACGGAGCAUGGUCAAUUAUAGCAGCUGAGGAGGCGCACAAUAUCGGACAAGAGUUUUCUUGUUUUUGUGUUUGUAUGUCAAAUUAGUUUUGUUCUCUGAAAUCAUGUCUAUGAUUUAUUCCGGAAGCACGUUUUAGGACGUCACAACGCUGUCACUGACACACGGUCACUUUGCAAACUGAUCAAUGAAUCGAUAUCUGAAAGCUUCAACAGUUUACAGUGGCUAUUACUGUGUGACCAGACCACUGUAGGCUGACGCUACAAUACUACACGAACUAAUGCAUUGUACAAAAACAUCACUGACAGAACAUGAGAUGUAUGAACAGGAGCCCCAGGUGAGAGGCUGGACACUAAGAAGUGAAGGGAAUUCAAAUGGCUGAACUCAACCGUGAGUUCAACCUGCUGUGAUACAGAAGCAAAAGAAUCAGAAAAACGGUGGAGUACAGCAAUGGAGGAAAACCCUGAGAAACCUGCAAAAACUGAACCGAGUCCUACACCCAGCCCAGCACCCAGUCCAGCACCCAGCCGAGCACCCAGCCCACUGCUGGAGAGAAUCACUCUUCCUACUGCAAAUCAUGUUGAGCAUCUCAACGUGAACCAGUUCCAGGUGGUGGUGCGGCGUUGCUCAACUCCAAACGUAACAGAGGAGACUACCUAUUUUAUCCCUCGCCACCCUGUGGUGGAUGCUGGCACCAACACAGACCCACCAGUGGUCUGUUGCCCGCUGCUUCGCAAGUUUUGCCCAUGUCCGCCACGAGGCCUCCUUGCCUCUCUUAUUACCAAAGUUCUUUUGGCAGCUGUACUCUUUGGGGUGGUUGUGUCCAUCACAGAGGAAGAAUGUCUUCCUGGAGGAAAUCUGUUUGGCAUCACCAUAUUAUUUCUCUGUGCGUACGUCGGUGGCAAAGCAGUCGCCCUCAUCCAGCUGCCUACACUUCCACCAUUUCCACCACUCCUUGGUAUGCUGCUGAUGGGCUUCCUGCUGAGAAACAUCCCAGUUAUAACAGAUUCGGUGUACAUUAACUUCAGAUGGUCUGCUUCCCUGAGAAACAUUGCUCUGGCUGUCAUCCUGGCCAGAGCUGGCCUGGGGUUGGAUCCCAAGGCUCUGAGGAAGCUCAAAACCGUGUGUAUACGUGUAGCAGCUGGGCCCUGCCUGAUCGAAGCCAGUACUGCUGCUCUCAUCUCUCAUUUCCUCAUGGGCUUGCCCUGGGAGUGGGGCUUUAUUCUUGGCUUUGUUCUGGGCGCUGUGUCUCCGGCCGUGGUGGUGCCCUCAAUGCUUCGGCUGCAGAAGGACGGAUAUGGCGUGGAAAAGGGCAUCCCCACCCUGCUGAUGGCGGCUGGAAGCUUUGAUGACAUUCUCGCCAUCACAGGGUUCACCACAUGCUUGGGCAUGGCCUUCGCAGAAGGAUCCACUCUGUAUAAUCUCCUGCGAGGCGUCCUGGAGGUUGGAGGAGGGACGGUUGCUGGGAUGCUCCUUGGCUUCCUUAUUCAGUACUUUCCAAGUGUUGACCAGAAACACCUGGUGAUGAAGCGCUCCUUCUUGGUGCUGGGUCUGUCUGUCUUUGCUGUGUUCGGCAGCAACGUGGCAGGGUUUCCAGGUUCGGGGGGCCUUUGCACCCUGGUGUUAUCUUUUCUGGCUGGACUUGGCUGGGGGGAAGAAAAGGGCCGUGUGGAGGAAGUGAUUAGUUGGGCGUGGGACGUUUUUCAGCCUCUGCUGUUUGGACUGAUAGGAGCUGAGAUUCGAGUCAAUGAGCUGGAGGGACUUGCAGUUGGUCUGGGUAUAUCCUCCAUGCUCAUUGCUGUGGUGGUUAGAGUACUGUUCACUUUUGUGUGCGUGUUACAUGCGGGCUUCAACUUAAAAGAAAAAGUGUUCAUAGCUCUUGCAUGGAUGCCCAAAGCAACAGUGCAGGCAGCAAUAGGCUCCACGGCUUUAGACAUGGCCAGAGCAAAGGCUAACAAGGAGCAGAUAAAGUACGGCAUGGAUGUGCUGACUGUGGCCGUGCUCUCCAUCCUUCUUACGGCCCCGAUUGGGGCUUUGAUUAUUGGGAUCUUGGGGCCUCGCCUGCUGCAGAGGCCGAAGACCCUCACCUGUGUUUCCCAUAGCUACCUUCCAGUGGUGAAUACAAGUCCUCUGCUUUCCAUAUUUCAGCAUUGUGAUAUCUUUGGAGGAAUUUGCAUAUCAUUAGAUCCCAGGCACCGCGGCAGGAAGUGAAGAUGACACCGAAACUCCUGUCACCUUCGAGAGUACACUCUGACAUCUAAGUGAUCCAAGAGAGACCUUGAAUGUCAGUUGUUUCAGCUGCUCUUUAGCCACUGAGUGGCUCUCUUGUUGCUCAACUCUUUGUUGGAAUCAGCCUGUAUUUAUAGCAGCAGGUGGUUUCCAGGCACUGAGCUCCAAACACAUUUCCUUUGCCCUGCUGUGUGCAUUCAUGCUCUAUGAACUUUACACCAGAGCUGCUUUAGUGUCGCGCUUGAACUGAACAUUUAUUUAGAUAUUCUGUAAUUAGCAUGAGGCAAUUAAACAGUUUACAUUUUUGUAAAUUGGUAUUGUUUUUGUCACAUUCAAAGUAUCCAGUGGUUCUAUUUCCUGCUUCCAGUAAACGGUACUUAAACUGAAAUGGUAGUGCUAAACAUAAGGAUGUGUGUUUUACAAAGUGGUGAGAUGGUGUGUGAUUGAAUGGAUUUUUAGAGGAAGCUAUCCAGAAUCCAUUUUUAAAUCUUUUUAUUCUAAUGCUGUAUGUUUGUACUGUUUUUUUAUGUUUGUCAUUAGUGUUUGUGGUUAAUUUUUUAUUUAAUUUACAACUCAGGAAAUCUUGAUGUCCCACUUUAUUUAGAUGUAUACAGAAUGCUCCUUAAAUUCUGACAGAAUCAACCUCAUGCAAUGUGGUAUAAAAUCCCACAUCAACUUUGGGAGUUUUUCUGAACUUUAAUGUGAUUGUUUAUUUUUAGAGAUUAUGAACAAAUUUUAUAUGACUGUUAAGUGUUAGUUUGUUUUUUUACUACACAAAUACGGCAGUGUGUUGUUUUUAAAUUUAAUUUUUUAUUAUGUAAAUGAAAAGAUUACAAAUGAAGACGCUAGUAAAAACGCUCUUAAAACCUUCCCUAUUAUUGCUGAGAAUUUUCAACUAUGUUGAAAUGUCCAACAGUUUCUUGUCAAAGUCCCACCCAAAGGGCUUAGGGAAGAAUUACUUUAUGUAUUACUUUACCAGCUGUUUUUGGAGAGGCAGAACAGGUUGGGAAUAAAACCAAAAUAAGUUAUCCUGACUUCUAAUUUGGAAAUGCAACCAAUACAUUGCUCCCCAAUGCAAUGUUGCAAGAGCCAGAAUGUUGAUGCAAACUAGUUAUAACAAAAAGCUGAGUCUUUAUUGCCCAUUAUACCAACUUGCAACUUGACAAGUUAACAAGAUGAUUCCUUUCUAUUUAUUCCAUUACCAAAACACAUAAUGCUUUAAUUUUCAGAAAAUGUGGGAAAUACCCUGUAAAUCUAAACUUCUGACUGGUGGUGAACAUCAAACCCAUGAAGCACAUACUCUUUGUAUUUUAUUCAAACUUCCAGAGCAGCCUAAGCUGAUUAUUAUUACUGUUUCAGAACAGAUGCUUAAUGCAAUUUUAUAAUGAAAUUAAAUAAAAGACAAGGACAUGAUAAACUGAGUUAAAAGGGAUAUUCACUUAAACUUUCAGCUUAAGUUACAUGAAGAUUUUCAAAGUAUUGAAAAAGAAGGUGAGGUUCUGCUAACUUAAGCAACUGAAUUAUUCAUGACCAGUUCUAUUAACAUUUAGUAUGAACUUAGUCUAGCAAACAUUAAUAUACAUGAAGUUAUUCAGAAAUAGAGAACAAAGAACUAACUGUGAAAACCAACGUCAAGUGUGAAAAUAUUUUUUGCUUCAUAAUACAGGAAGUGUUCUGCCAAGAAGCCAAAUGCAGUGAAUACAGCAACUCAAACAGAAAAGUGUUGUUGCAGUUCUGAGACCUCAACAGUAUAGUGGUUUGAAAUGUUUCAACACAACAGGACUUAUAGCAAUAAAUGUCUAUGAACAAAACAUCAAGAAUCUACAGUAAGUAUCCCAUACAUUAUGAAUACAUACACACAUGUUGAUCUAUCAGAAAAUAUAUUACUCCUCUAAAGCGUUGUGGUAAAAACAAUUUGGCACUCAAGCUGGCAAAUG